AUGGACAUGCUCUCGCAGGGCACGCAGGCGUCGAUUGUAAUGACGAAAGCCAACGGCAGCGAAGCCAUCAUCCUCAACUUCAUCGCGCUCCUCUCGCUUGCGGGGUAUGGGUAUUUCUUUGUGCGCAUUUCGGUCUACCUCUACGAGACGGCCAAGUGGAUUCGGCGCAUGCCCGAGAGCAGCCAGAAGAAGCAGCUGCUCUAUAGCGUCGUCAACUGCAGCAUCAGCAGCGUCAUCUGGAGCCACUACCGCACCUCGAUGCAGUUCAUCGGGUUCCUCGGCUUUAUCGCAUGGCACCUCGGCACGAGCAGCAGCUCGUGUCAAUGGGAUCAAUCGAUCGCAGACGUGAGCGUCGACGCCGCGUACAGCUGCAGCAUCGACAGCCUCGGGCACUUUUCCUCUUUCACCGAGGUCGUCCGGCUGUUUUCGUACUCGUGGGUGUUUUACGCACUCGUGUUCAUGGACCGCAUGCCGGGCAUCGCGAUCUACAUGCCCGGCUACAUUGUCUCGGCGCUCCUCCUUGGGUUCGUGCCGCUGUCCGUGCUCGCGAUCGUC